AUGUGGAAGAGUAAAAAAAAGACACAAACAAUCCAGCUAGAAGAUCAAGUGGACCAGGCCUGGAACGAAUGCUCAUUGGAUGCUCCAAGAAUCCCAAAUCCUGUCCCAAAAGACACUAGAGAUCUUCGUCGUAUGUGCCUGGUGGUCCAUUUGGCUCUACCAUUGGCCAAAGUGAUUUUUGGGGCACGCUACGUGAAUUCUUGUCCUACCAACGAUUGGUUGCCUACUUACAUGUUGGUCGGCGGGUUGCUGCAGCUCGGAUUUCUGCUGGUUUUGGUUUAUAAACCGCUGAGACAACCAGCUCUACUGGGAUGCGUGGGGAUGGGUAUUAUCAUAUGGAUGUUAGUAGGUAAAUUACAAGUUUACUCAAUAAUUGUCUCUCUGCUGAACAAUGAAAAAAAUCCGCCUCUUCCUUCUUCUUUAAGUCUUUCUCCCCAAUAUUAUGUCCCCAUUUUCCAAUGCUUUAGAGCAGGGACCCGGACGCGUAAUUCCGUACGCCCGUUGAUUUCAGAGCAACAUUGUUCUGAAAUGAACUUGGGUUUGUUAUUCAAUAAUGCCGUUCAUCGUCUUCCAAACCUCAGCGCGGUGCAGACAAGAUGCGUUCGGUAUUGA